CUUUUAUUUUAUAUAUAUUCUUGUGCGCAACCUAAAAUAUAAUAUAAAAAUAUAUAUAAAAAAAAAGUUUUUUUUUCUUGUUUAUUUAUUUAAUCAUAUAAAUCAUUUACAAAUAACUCACCCACAAAAAACAAUAAUAAAAUUCAACCUCUUCUUCCUUUUCUUUCUUCCUUUCUUUAUUUACUUACUUACUCAUCUACCUAUUCCCUUUAAUCUUCUUUGCACACACAAACCUCCAUGCAUUUCUUGGGGACUUGCUUAGCUACAAUCGCUGCACUAGGCCUAGUCCGUGCUGCACGCGUCGAACUUGACUGGGUUGUUGGAUAUACAACAGCAAACCCUGAUGGUCUUUUUGAGCGCCAAGUGAUCGGUAUCAAUGGAGAAUGGCCACCAAAACAAGUAGAGGCAACCUUGAACGAUGUUUUGGUUAUCAAUAUUCACAAUGAAUUGAAUGAGCCUACUGCUCUUCAUGCUCACGGAAUGUUCCAAAACAAUACCAAUUACAUGGAUGGACCUUCAAUGGUUACUCAAUGCCCUAUUCCUGCUGGCAUGAACUUUACAUAUGAAUUCACAAUUACCCAAACAGGUACCUACUGGAUGCACAGUCAUUAUGGGGGUCAAUACGCUGAUGGAUUCAAAAUGGCAUUAAUUCUUCACAACCCUGCCGAGCCUUAUAAAUAUGAUGAAGACAUUACUGUUCCAAUCUCAGAUUGGUAUCAUGAUCAAAGUGGCAACAACCUCAAGAUCUUUAUGAAUGAAAAUAACCCCACUGGUGCAGAGCCUGUUCCAGAGUCUGGCCUGAUUAUGGACAAUGUCAACUCAAGUCUUACAUUUGUACCCGGAAAAACAUAUCGUCUUCGUUUGAUCAACAUGUCUGCCUUUUCCAUGUUCUACUUUAGCAUUGAUGGUCAUGAUAUGGAUGUCAUUGAAACCGAUGGCAUCUAUACUCAACGCACAACUGUCAAGAGUCUCUAUCUGACUGCCGCUCAGCGUAUCUCUGUCCUGGUCACAGCCAAGAAUGCAACCAACCUGAACUACUACAUGCAUGCUGAUAUGAAUACAGACAUGUUUGAUACCAUCUCAGACAGUCUCCAGACAAACUUGACUGCUCCAAUUUAUUACGACAAGUCUGUUACAGAGUUUGCCCCCAGUGAGGAUGUUGGUAUGGGAAGUGACUUUGAUGAUAUUGUCAUCCCUCCCCUUGAAGUUAUGGCAGCAGUCCCUGCCGAGCAGCAGCUCAACUUGACCUUUGAAUUCCAAGUCUAUACUGAUGGAAUCAACCGUGGUGCAUUCAACAACAUCCCUUACAUUGCCCCCAAGGUUCCUAUCCUCAACACUCUCAUGACUAUGGGCAACCUUUCGCAUGAAGUUGAUGUUUAUGGCCGUCACUCUGUACCAUAUAUCCUUGAUCACUUAAACAUGAUUGAAGUUAUCCUCAAUAACGCAGAUUCUGGUGAUCAUCCUUUCCAUUUGCACGGACAUGUCUUCCAAAUUGUUGCUCGUGGUCCUGGUAUUUAUGAUGGCACCAACGAAAACAUAACAUGGUACCUCGACAACCCCAACAGACGAGACACUGUAGCUGUUCCUGCCGAGAGUUUUACUAUCAUUCGUUUCAGAGCCGACAAUCCUGGUAUCUGGAUUUUCCAUUGCCACAUCGAAUGGCAUUUGGAGACUGGCCUGGCUGCCAUCUUUGUCGAAGCACCGGAUAUUGCCCAGCAACGCAUGACACUUCCUCAGGCAUUCAAUGAUCUUUGUGAGGCUGGUAACAUCCCUUAUUCUGGAAAUGCUGCCGGAAAGCAAGGACUUGAUCUCAAGGGUGCCCCAAGCGGUGUCGAUAUUCUUAUUGAUGGUUUCACUGCUUCUGGUAAGGGUGCCAUGGCUGGCUGUAUCUUGUCUGCACUACUUGGUAUUGGUGCCAUUGUUUGGUUCGCACACAGUGACCCAGAGGCAAGGGGACGAGAAAUCAUUGCUGCAAAAAUGAGAGAGGAGCAGGAAGAUUAAAAAUCCAAAAAAAAAACAAAAAAAAAUUAAGGUGGAAAAUUGACUGUUUGAGAUACAACAUGAUGUGGAUUGAAUCUACUCUAAAAAUGCUCAAGAAAAUAAUACCUUUCUAUUACAUAUACUAUACUUUUGUACGUUUGAUUAAAUUAUCUUAUUCAUUAUUACUUUAUUACUUUAUUACUUUAUUACUUUACCUUUCUCUUCCCUCUUAUUUUCCAUCUUUCUUUUUGGAGUCUGAUCUGAUCAACUAUCACUUGAAAUAAAUGAAUAAAAUAAAUAUACAUAUACACAUAACAACAUUCG